AUGGUCAACUCCUGUUGUGGUUCUGUGUGCUCUGAGCAGGAGACCUGCUGCCGCCCCAGCUGCUGCCAGGCCUCCUGCUGCAGACCCAGCUGCUGCAUCUCCAGCUGCUGCAGGCCCCAGUGCUGCCAGCCAACCUGCUGCCAACCCACCUGCUGCAGACCCCAAUGCUGCCAGUCUGUGUGCUGCCAGCCCACCUGCUGCCGCCCCAGCUGCUGCAUCUCGAGCUGCUGCAAGCCCCAGUGCUGCCAGCCUUCAUGUUGUAGACCCACCUGCUGUCGUCCCAGCUGCUGCAUCUCCAGCUGCUGCCCUAGCCCCUGCUGCAGACCGCAAUGUUGCCAGUCUGUGUGCUGCCAGCCCACUUGUUGCCGCCCCAGCUGCUGCAUCUCGAGCUGCUGCCGCCCUAGUUGCUGCAGGCCCCAAUGUUGUCAGUCUGUGUGCUGCCAGCCCACUUGCUGCAGAACUCAAUGCUGCCGCCCCAGCUGCUGCAUCUCUAGCUGUUGCCAGCCCAGUUGUUGCAGACCCAGCUGCUGCAUCUCCAGCUGCUGCCAGCCUACUUGCUGCAGACCCACCUGCUGCAUCUCUAGCUGCUGCCAGCCCACUUGUUGCAGACCCAGCUGCUGCAUCUCUAGCUGCUGCCGCCCUUCUUGCUGCAGACCACAGUGCUGCCAGCCCACCUGCUGCAUUUCCAGUUGCUGCAGGCCCCAGUGCUGCCAAUCUGUGUGCUGCCAGCCUACCUGCUGCACCUCCAGAUGCUGCCGCCCCAGCUGCUCUAGUGGUUCUUGCUGCUGA